AUGCCCCCACAGUCUAUGCCUACAACAAUGCCUACCCCCUUUAGCUUACCCCAAAUAAAUUACACCUAUACUACACCAAUUAAUUCAUCUUCUAAUACAACAUUUAAUUCCCCCAUCCCCACCUAUAAUUCUUCCACAUUAAACAAUUGUUCCCCUGAUAUAGCCAAAAGAAGGGCAGAUUUUAUAACAGAAGCAACUAGUUUAUAUAACAAUAAAUAUAGAAUGCUUUCUCGUUCAAUUUAUGAUUUUUAUGUUAAAAGAUUGAAAAUUACCCAAAAUUUGGAUCCGCGACUUUUAUUGAAAAAGGAUUUGGAAAUUAGGAGCAAAUUUGAGUUGGUAAUUUUUACUGAGGGUGAUCAACAAGUUGAGAGAUUGGUAGAACAUGGAAAGCUGCGUAGAAAGCUUGUUACUAUUGAAGAGGUAUUUUUAAUGUCAUUUGAACCUUAA